GAAGAUCUCAAUCAUUAGCAAGAAACCCAUCUCCAAUCCUAACACGCCACUCUCAAAACCCCCUCAAAGUCUUCUCAAUUCUCUGCGCAGUAGGAGGAAUCUAAGAAAGUAAAGAUCUUUAUUGGCAGCGGUGAUUGGGUUUCAAUUUAUCGGAAUUCGCUUGGAUGGAGGUUCCAACCUCCAUCAAAAGCAGAUUCGGGAACCCUAAUUUUUGAAAAGAAGACCUAAAAAGAUAAAAAGAAAAGAGGGGAUAUGUUUUCUUGGAGUUUUUCGAAGCCCGCCGAGGCGAUGUUCUCGCGCUGGGCGAUUAAACGUAUUUGUAAAUUUUUGUUGAAGAAGAAACUAGGGAAGUUUAUUCUGGGAGAUAUCGAUCUUAAUCAGCUCGAUGUUCAGCUCGGCGCUGGCACAAUUCAGCUUUCCGAUCUUGCUCUAAAUGUCGACUAUAUUAACGAUAAGUUGGGAACAUCGCCAGUUGUGUUGAAGGAGGGGUCCAUAGGAUCAUUAAUGGUAGUUAUGCCAUGGAAGGAGGGCGGCUGUCGAAUUGAGGUGGAUGAACUUGAGGUUGUUCUUGGUCCUCGCAGGGUGAAGGUUUCUCAAGAUGAAUUUGAAAAUAGCAGUGAUCACACUAGAAACGGUGAAAAUAGAUUCAGUCAUGGUGUUAGAAAUCCUGAUGGCGACAUCCCCAAUGUUGCGGCGUCAAAUCCCAGUGUUAAUGUGCAUGAAGGAGUUAAGACCAUUGCCAGAUUGGUUAAGUGGUUACUGACUAGCUUUUAUGUGAAAGUUAAUAAAUUAAUUGUGGCAUUUGAUCCACUUAUGGAAGAAGAAAACGGAAAAGGGUUGGACAAAAUCUUGGUGCUUAGGAUUAGUGAAGCAGAGUGUGGAGCAAAUAUUUCUGAGGAUGCAUCUUCGAGCAACUCUACUUCACCUCAUAAUUUCCUCGGUUUGAAUCGAUUAACAAAUUAUUUGAAAUUUCAUGGUGCAGUACUUGAAUUAAUCAAUGCAGAUGGUCUCAAUCUUCAGUCAGUGCCUGAGUCUUGCAGUGAAAUGAAUUCUGGAGACUGUGUAUCUGGUACCACAAGUGUGGUACUUUCUGGAGAAAGAGGAGGAUUUUCAGGUAAUCUUAGGGCGAGCUUACCUUGGAAAAAUGGUUCAUUGGACAUUCGGAAAGUGGAUGCAGAUCUUCACAUUGAGCCGCUUGAACUGAGACUUCAGCCUAGCACCAUCAAAUGUUUUAUCUCCUUGUGGAACCUAUUUAGAGGUAUCGGUGAUGGUACUGUGGAUGCUCACUGUCAAGAACCAACAGAAUCUUUGUUAAAUGAAAGUGAGUGUAUACUUCCCCGAGGCAAGGAGCUAUUCCGUAACGAGGGCAUUAUCACCAAUAGCUUGUUUGUGGAUAAAUAUGCUGUUAACAAUCCACUAUCAGAGUCACACCUUAUAUCCAAUUGGGUGAGCCAAACAGAGAAACCCGAGAAGGAACCAGAUUUAGUGGCAAGUGUGGAUCACUUUUUUGAGUGUUUUGAUGAACUAAGAAAUUCACAGUCAGCUUUGGGGAGCAGCGGUAUGUGGAACUGGACUUGUUCAGUAUUUAGUGCAAUUACUGCAGCAUCCAACCUUGCUGCUGGAUCUUUACACGUCUCCUCAGAGCAGCAGCAUGUUGAAACCAGCUUCAACAUUACCAUAGGGAAAGUAUCUGUUCUGUUGUUCUUAAAUGACGAAGACGAGAAAGAGACCCCUGCAAAGGAGGAUGAUAAUGCCAAUAAUGAUGUUCUAAUUCAUUGUGUGUGUGCACAGUUUAUGGGUCUAUUUUUCAAUUUCCAGGUAUACCCUCUGGAAAUGAGUUUUGAAGGGACUGUUCAACAUAUUCAAUUUGUCGAUCACUUCUGUUCAAAAAACGAGUUUAUGGAGUGCAGGGUUCACAGACAUAGUGACAAUUACAAAAGUGAGGUUGCAUUCAUUGAAAGAAUGCAAAAUGGUGUUCAAGGUUCUCUGCAGACUUUUCUGAAGAAAAUUCCUGGACAUAUUCACCAGGUUCAUGAUGCUGGUGAUAUUUCUCUGAGUAUACCUCACAUCAAUGGAUGCUGUCACAUGAGUAAUGGCCAAGAUAUUUUUACGAAUUAUGCCAGUGUGACUUUGCUGAAAACUUCGGGUGUCACUAGGUUUCAUGUGAAGGCAGAUUCACAUCCUUCCACAGGCUCAUGUAUGGGACCAAUAUCUUUCUCCUUAGAGCUUCCGCCUUUUGUUUUCUGGGUGAACUUUGAUAUAAUUUCCAUGAUACUGGAAUUACUGAAAGCCAUCGCUGAUUGUAUUGAAUUCUCCAAUGUGGCAAGUGAUUUUCAUCUAGUUCCAGAAUCUGAAAAUGAUGGACCUUCACUUGGAGAUCAUGGAAAAAUUUCUCGUCCACAGACAGCCAACUUACCAACCCAAAAAAAUCUCAGGGGCAAUAUAUUUGUUUCGAAUGCUAGGAUAAUAACGUGUUUCCCUCUCAAGGCACACAAGGAUUUGAGCAGCUAUUCUUCUUGCAACCAGUUUAUUAUUUUUGAUUUUGUUUCGCAAGGAAUUGCAGGGAAGGGUGUUCGAGCAGCUAAGUUAACACCAAAUUCCAGUUCUAAGAAUCGGUUUCCUGUGGCUACAUCAUGCUCCUUGAAUAUAAAGUUUUAUGGCUUCUAUCUCUUCUCUGUCAAUUCAGCUUUCCCCCAGAAGAUUGAUGGAAGUGAAACCAGAAAUAGGCAGGAGGCUAGCUUUUCUGUUAACAAGAUUGCUUCUAUAGUGAGUAAAACUGAUGAUUUGGCUGUGGUUAGUAUGUUUAGGCAGGAAGGUCAUGCUACUGGUCCUUGGAUAGCAAGGAAAGCCAAGCUUUUAGCUUCAUCUGGGAACAGGAGUGAAGAUCACGUUUUAGGAAAAGGCUGUGCUUUUGCUUCUGUAACAACUGUGAAAGACAGUAAAGAUUUGGAUUCUCACACCAGACAAGAUAUACUGUCAAGCUCUGCUUUUUUGUUACAUGGUCAAUUGCCUGCUCUCACAAUCAAUGCAGACAAAUCUCAGUUUGACAACAUAUGUGACCUCCUAAAUCAAGUGUCUGAGCAUUUCUCAGGCGUUUCUGAAUCGGUGACAACUGAGAAGGAACAUACAGCUUCUCAGGCAUCAAUUCUAAUGGAAUUUGAUUCUAUGGCAGUUUCCAUUACACUUGAUCCAGUAGACGAUGUUAAGUGCUCUAUGCGCUCAGAACUUCCUGGGUCUUGGCACAGCCUAACACUUGCAGUUGACAAGUUUGAGCUACUUUCUGUAUCUAAUAUUGGUGGAAUAAGGAAUGCUAAUUUCCUAUGGGUGGCCCAUGGUCAGGGAAGAUUGUGGGGUUCUAUUACUGAAGGUUUAAGUCAGGAGUUUCUUUUGAUAUCAUGCAGUGCCUUGGCAGUGGGUCGUGGGAAUGGGGAAGGUUCAAAUGUUCUAUCUUCUAAGCAGGCAGGUUCUGACAUUAUAAACAUGUGGGAUCCUGAGAGCAAUCAUAAUUAUUCUUCAAUUAUUGUAAAAUGUGCCACCAUUGUGGCUGUAGGAGGUCGCUUGGAUUGGUUCAGUGAAAUGAUUUCCUUUUUCACUCUAGCAUCUUCAGAGUCUAAAGAUGCAGGUGAGAAGAGUAUGGGCAAGACCAGUGGAUCUUCCUUCGUUCUUAAUUUGGUGGAUGUUGGCUUGAGUUAUGAGCCACACUUGAAGAAAUUGGCAGCUAACCAAGAUUUAAAUCUCAAGCAUCCUGAUUUGAGUAGCCAUGAAAAAGAUGAGGUCAAUUUUGCUUGUCUGUUAGCUGCUUCGUCUGCAAAACUUUCAAAUACAGCCUUGGAUGAUAACUCAAAAAGAGAGUACAAAAUUAGGCUGCAAGAUCUAGGUUUGCUUGUAUGCAAAGUGACUGAAUCUAAGGUGGAUGGUUUUGAUUAUAGUGUAAAAUAUCUUAGAAAGAUUGGAUAUGUGAAAGUUGCUGAAGAGGCGAAUGUCGAAGCACUUUUGAGGAUGAAAUCAGACGAUGACCUUGCAUGGGAAUUAGAAUGUCAAGAGUCUCACAUCAUGUUAACUACUUGCCAUGAUACAACCUUUGGAUUAAUUAGAUUGGCAUCCCAACUUCAAAGUCUUCUUGCUCCUGAUAUGCAUGACUAUAUUGUGCACUUGGAGAAUAGAUGGAACAAUGUGCAGCAGGUGCACGAGAAUAAAGAUGAGGGGAUGCUAGGGAGUGAGAUUUCCGACUCACUUUCUAAGAAGGUUUCAAGUUCAGAUAAGAAAUCUUAUUCUGGCAAUUUGAUGGAUGAAAUACAUGAAGACAUGUUUCAGCUGGAUGGAAAUUCCGAUGGCCAUGCCAAACUAUAUAAAUCAAAAUCUGCUAUAUUGGCCAGCAAUAGUUCUCUUGUGGCUAGCAGUGCUUCAUCAUUGGAAGAAAAGGCGCCAUCGUUCAUAGAAGAGUAUUUCUUGUCAGAUCUUCGUCCCCUCUCAGACCUUGCUUUGAAAAGCCACUCUUCUGAUGUUCUUGGCUACUGGAAUGGUGGUGUUGGAGAUACAAGAACUGAUAAUAGUGGUUGGUAUGCAGGUUCUUCAUUGAGAAUAUUUGAAAAUCAUACUUCCAAAGUGGAGCAGACUAAUGCAUUGAAACCUACAGAAAGUAAGGCUUCUAUUAAUUCCACGGAGCAUAAUGAUGCUGUGAGAGCUGAGGGUCGCAUAAUGCUUAAGAAUAUGAAUGUCAUUUGGAGAAUGCAUGGUGGUUCGGAUUGGUCCAACUCUCAGAGUACUUGUGCGGCAUCUGGCAUGAAUCGUGGGAGGGAUACGGCCUUCUGUUUGGAGCUUGCAUUAUCUGGAAUUGAUAUUUCCUAUGAGGUCUAUCCGGAGGGUAACAUAUCUGCAUCUAAGCUUUCACUUGUUAUACAGGAUUUCUACGUGAAUGACAGGAGUAAUGGUGCUCCCUGGAGGCUGGUUCUUGGAUAUUAUAAAUCUAAAAAGCAUCCAAGAAAUUUAUUGUCAAAAGCAUUGAAGUUAAAUUUAGAAGCUGUGAGACCAGAUCCUGCUCUUCGUAUAGAAGAAAAUAGGUUGCGAGUUUCUUUACUUCCUAUCCGCUUACAUCUUCAUCAAAGCCAACUUGAUUUUCUCAUCAGCUUCUUUGGAGGAGAAAGGUCGUCAGCAGACCCCUCCUCCAGCUCCUCAUUGGAUUCGAGUAAAUCAGGAGAGUUACUUGAGAAGUGUGAGAGUCUACGAGGUUGUUCCAUCAGUGAAGAGGCAUUCCUUACAUACUUCCAGAAAUUCGAGGUGUGGCCUAUGCUGAUUCGAGUUGAUUAUAUUCCUUGCCGUGUUGACUUAACUGCACUUAGGGAUGGCAAGUAUGUUGAACUUGUUAACUUGGUGCCCUGGAAGGGUGUGGAGCUACAACUAAAACAUGUGCAAGGAGUUGGUCACUAUGGCUGGAGCAGUGUCUGUGAAGCAAUAUUUGGGGAGUGGUUGGAAGACAUUUCUCAUAACCAGAUCCAUAAACUGUUGAAAGGUCUUCCUCCCAUUAAGUCACUGGUUUCUGUUGGUUCUGGAGCUGCAAAGUUGGUGUCACUGCCUGUGAAGAGCUAUAGAAAGGAUCAUAGGUUACUCAAAGGAAUGCAAAGAGGUACUUUUGCAUUUCUUAGAAGUAUUUCACUUGAAGCCAUUGGCCUCGGAGUGCAUUUGGCAGCAGGAGCCCAUAAUAUCCUCCUACAGGCAGAGUAUAUUCUUGCAAGCAUUCCACCUUCUGUACCAUGGCUGGUAGAAAGCAGAGUGGCUACAAAUGUAAGAUCAAAUCAACCCAAUGAUGCCCAAGAAGGAAUUCAACAGGCUUACCAAAGCAUUAGUGAUGGUAUAGGCAAAUCUGCUUCAACCUUGAUACAAACACCGAUGAAAAGAUAUCAGCGCGGUGCUGGUAUGGGGUCUGCUUUGGCCACAGCAGUGAAGUCUGCUCCAGCUGCAGCACUGGCCCCUGCUUCUGCUACUGCACGUGCAUUGCAUUGUGCUCUUCUUGGCUUCAGGAACAGCCUUGACCCUGAUCGGAAAAAUGAGUCUUUGGAAAAAUACUUGGGCAGAAGUCCAACUAAAAAUAUCUCAGAGUAGGCAUGAACUUAAUCGAGGGACGACAUUUAUUUGCCUUUGCUGCUGCUGAAGAACGAGGUAAUGGUCAGAAGCCGGGUCCCAGUUGUAUCAGGGGCUAUUGAAUUCACCCUAGCAACUGAGGAGUGCGGAUCAUUGCCAAGCUUUGCAUCAGUUUUAGGUGUAUAGAUUAUGUACGGAUGGGGUGCCCAUUAAAGAAAAUGCUUCUGUGGUCAGAAAUGAGAUCCAGUGGAUGCUGUACAUAUAUAUAUUAUAUAUAUGUAUAUAUUGGAUUAUAUUGUAAAUUCUUUUCAACACAUCAAUCCCAUGGCUGGGAGGGGCCUUCUGUUGGCAUCAUUAGGCCCUAUUGGAAUCUAACUAUGCUUGAUUAUCCUACAUUGGUUUCAUUUAUGGGGUGUUGGUUUUUAACUUUGUCUAAAUGUAAAUAUGAUUGAUUGACAUGAUACUCAUUUUGCUAUAGAUGUAUAUGAUUGAUUUAAAGAUUGUUUUGU